AUGCCGGAAGCCUUUGCGCAUAACUUUCCGCCACUGUCGCGGUCGCGAUCGUCACAUGCAGGAGUCAACAGAGGGCAUGACACAGCUGAUCGUGGUGCAUCUUGCGCACUCCGAAUUGAACGUGCCAGGGUGCGGACAGCAGAGCGUGCUGCUGCUGUGGCAAGAUUGAAGGAAGAUCUUGCAAGGCUCUACAGAGAUACGACGGCCUUUCGUGCAGAAGAAGCCCGGCUCAAGACUCAGGCUGAGUCCGAGACCUGGCGUGGGGGACAACAGCGCGAGGUUUUGCUGAACCAGCAACUGGAGUUGCGCAGCAAGCUGGAAGAGUUUGCAAGGAAUGCAGAUUUACACAGAGCCCACGCUAAAGAGUGGCAUGAAGAGCUUGAGACACUUGAACGGCACCAGGCCCUUGCAGCUGACCAAGUGGAUGUUCUGGACAAAGCGAAUGUGCGUCUGAAAGGCAUCGCGGCGGAGCACCAGCAACGGCUUACCAGGGCCGAGGCCCGUCUGAAGAAGCUUGAAGCACGACGCGUUCAGACAAAGUCAGAGGUGGCGAAGCUUCAGCAAGAACUGUCUCAACAGCUGGAGGCCAAAACAACGGAGGAAGAAGUGAGUACGGCUCAGAAGGGCAGCUCCGAGAUGGCAAGUGCAGGUGCAUCGAAAGCACGUGCCAAGCAGAUACGCAAAGGAUCUGAGCAACACAGCCGGACUGCUAAAGACCCGAAAGAGAAAGAGGAAUUGAAGGAGGCAGGAGAGCAAAAGUCGCAGGUCAUUCUGCUUUUCCUGCUCGUGCUAGUCGUUGCGGUGGGCCCCUACUUCUUUGCGCAGCUCCUGGACUGA